AAUUUUGAUAUUGUUAACUUAUAAGAACAUGCGGGUGGAUUGAGACUUCUGACCGCCGUAAACACGUUUCUGAUCGAGUGCUACAAUUUUCGUUAAUUCUUCUACGGCGGCGAGCACUCUUCUAUUGUAAAUUAUUAAUUAUUAUAAAUCGGACAGCGGGGAAGGUAACGUCGGUACGAGAGGAUGCUUUACUUGGAAGAUUAUGUUGAAAUGAUAGAGCAUCUCCCACAAGAAUUAAGGGACCGGUUCACUGAAAUGAGAGAAAUGGAUUUAGGUGUACAAAGUAUGUAUUCUAUGCGAUGCUCUCAUGCCUGUUUAUAUAAAUUUAUUCUAUGGAUAGUUUAGAGAAAAAAGUUAAGACAUUCUUUUCAAAUGCCAAAAAGAUGAAGCCUAAUGAAAAGGAAGCAGAGUAUGAAGCUAUUAGAAAAGAAUAUUAUAAAACUUUAGAAGAUGCGGAUGAGAAAGUACAUUUAGCCAACCAAAUGUAUGAUUUAGUAGACAGAUAUUUAAGAAGGCUAGAUCAAGAGCUGCAUAAAUUUAAAAUGGAGCUAGAGGCCGAUAAUAAAGGAAUAACUGAAAUUUUGGAAAAAAGAUCUUUGGAGUUAGAUCAACCCUCUACGAAUAGCAGUCAAAAAGAAAAUCAUUAUAGUUUCACGCCUAGUAGAUCGCGAGACAAUCAUGGUCAUUCUCGAUCAGAGAAAAGGAGAGAUUCCAAUACGUCUUCUACUUCUAUAGAGAAACGAUUAGCAAUAGAAAAAAUUCCUCCAAGUCUUCCUGAGUCCCGGCCCACAUCAACUAAUUCUGGACCAAUAAUAGCACCUACAAGCGUACCGUCAACCCCAUCUGCUAUUGUGAAUUCAGUUGGCUCUGUGAGCUAUAAUCUUGGCCAUAUAGGCGCUGGUGGUAAUGCCAUAGCAGCAGCUGCUUCUCAAGCUAUAGCUGCAACGCAACAAAUGCAACAAGGCAGGCGGACAGCUAGUUUAAAAGCCAGUUACGAGGCCAUUAAUACAGGUGGUGUCCACGCUGCCGAAUUUAGUAGGGAAUUAGCUGGAGCUGCUCAGACUGCUAUUGCAGCUAUCCAAGAAACAACUAAAAAGCAUAAAAAGAAAGUAACUGCCAUUCCAAGCUCAAGUGUCAUUGCUGCCACGGUUCAACAACCUGUAUCACCACCAAUUGUAACAACGACAACGACGACAACGGUUACGGAUUCAGAUAAUCCAGAUUGGACGUAUGAUCCUAAUGAACCAAGAUAUUGCAUAUGCAAUCAAGUAUCCUAUGGAGACAUGGUUGCUUGCGAUAAUUCAGACUGCCCUUUCGAAUGGUUCCACUACCCAUGUGUUGGUAUUACUGCACCACCAAAAGGGAAGUGGUACUGUCCUCAAUGUACAUCUUCUAUGAAGAGACGAGGAGGUCGAAAAAAUUGAUUUCACUAUAAUUAGUGGAUAAGCUAUAAGGAUGGAUUGCUACUACCUCUUAGGAACUGUUUAUCGGGUACCAACUUAGUUAGGAAUCUGUUAAUUUUCAUUUUAUAUGACUUUUUAAACACGUUAAAGUUUAAGUCAUUACUUUUUAUUCGGGCUUGGUCUUGCGUAUUUAAGCUUUGAGUUUCUGUUUAGUUAAACAGAAGGCUGACCAAGAAAAAGAAAUUUAGUGACACAUUUGAUCUUUCUUGCUGGAUUUUCUUUUUUACUGUGUUUUGUAGGAGAACUAAGGAAGUCAGUUGAGAUGAUGCGAACAGUAAUUAAAAAUUUACUGUUGAAUUUUAUUAUUAAUCUUUUAAUCCAUCUUUUUCUUCUUCUUAUUUUUCUUCUUCUUUUUAUUAUCAUUAUUAUUAUCAUCAUUUAAGAUGAUUUAUAAACUUUUCGCAUCAUCCUACACUGUAACCACUUUUAGCUAGUUUCUAUAAAUUCACAUUGGAAAAUAAAAUUUUUUUCUCUUGACUAAAUAUACGAUCUAUGGGACUGAUAAUAAUAAUAAUAGAAGGAAUACGAAAUUAAUUUUCUCGAAAAUCGACGUAUCUAAUUUUAUGCUACGUCCUUAACUACAAAAUUUCAUCUGGUAUGAUAUAUAAUUAUUAGUUCGAAAAAGCUUAAAUAUAGUCCACUCGAUUCAUUCGUUAACUAUUUUCAAACGAAUGAAUGGGCAAGGCUAAUAAAAAAUUCUAACAUACGUGUUUUACGCUUUCAAAGGGAAAAAAAGUAUUAAAAAAUAUAAAAAAACGGAAAAAAAACAAGGCAAGGAAAAAGAAAAGGAAAAAAAUAAGAAACAGUAAUGAAAGAAAGAGAAAGAGAAAAAAAAUAUCAUUACUGAGACUACUAAUUUCAAAAAGAAAAAUUGUAGCGAUUUCAUGUAUAAAAUAAAAUGAACGAUGCAGAAAUACUUCAAUUCAUUA